UACACCUGGUGACAGGUAAGCUGAUACCUCACCAUCCCAGUAACAUGCUCUCGAAGGAGACUUCGACCGAGUACGAGGGACCUGACUAUCCGUCUCCGUUGAUUGACAAAUUCAUGUUGGAAGUGCAAACCAAAGAGAUCGUGCGCGUUCUCCAAAUGACACUCGGAUACGGCAUCACGGGGCAUAGUAGGGAGAAGCAGUUUGUCAUCAUGCAAGGCGCAUCAAAUUCUGGCAAGUCGAAGCUUGUUGCGAUGCUUUCAGCCGCGAUUGGUCUAUACGGCGUCACCAUGGAUCGCGAUUGCGUCAUUGGGGCCGGCUCUCGAUCGGAAGGCGCCGCAACGCCACAUCUUCUACAGCUGGAGGGCGCGCACAUAGCCAUCAUGGAGGAGACGGACGAAAGGCCGUACAAUGCUGCCAACCUCAAGUCCAUUGCUUCUGGAGAUGGAGCCAUGACGGUACGGGGGCUUCACAUGAAGCCUGUCGAGGUGACGAUGCGUUGCCUGCCAAUCGUCUGCACAAACAUCCUUCCCAGAUUCGAUACGAAAGACUCAGGAACGCUGAAGAAACUUCGGAUUUUCCCCUUCACGCGGGAAUUUGUGGAGAAUCCCCGGCCGAAUACAAACGAACGGCUCAUUGAUCCGGAUCUGGCGGAGAAGAUCAAAAGUCCGGAGUGGAAGAAGCAAAUGCUUGCUUGGCUUGUGAGAGGAAGCAUGGCGUGGUAUGCGAGAGGCAGCCUUCCGCUCGUAGAGAAGCUGCCUCAAGAUAUGCAGAAGGCGCUCGAAGGUUAUGUUGAAGCCAACGAUCACUUCAACAACUUUGUUGCAGACCAUUGUAUUCUUGAUGAGCGCAAGGCGUGCCAUGUGGACGUCUUGAAACAGGCAUACGAGAACUAUAUUGGUAGACGCGAUCGUCCCAUGAUCGUGACGGAGUUCAAGGUGCUCAUGCAAGGUCUGAAGGGCGUCACAUAUGAGAAACAGAUCAAGUUGGAACGUAGGAACAAUACCGGGUAUAGAGGCAUAUAUUUACGUCCUGUCUUUCCCGAGUCCGACGAAGGUUACACGUCCGCAUCUGAUGAUAGUUCACCGAAGUGA